UCACUACCUAAGAUAGUUAUAUAAGAAGAUAUAUAUACUGUCUUCACAUGUCUUCCAUCAACAACACUUCCUUACCAGUCCCAACUAAAAAGAGUGAAAACAAUGAGUGUUGUAUCUAUGAGGAAGCUCUCCAAAGGCUUACAAAGGAAAUUAAUAAGAAAAUGGUUGAAGGUGCCAACAAGACUGAAUCCAAUUCUUCUUCCUCUUGCAUUUACAGGGUUCCCAAGGAGAUUCGUAAGCUGAAAGAAAGUGCGUAUACCCCUCGCUUCAUCUCUAUUGGGCCUCUUCACAGCGAGGACGAACACAUUCUCAAUUCGCCUGUGCAGGAUGUCAAAAGGAGUUACACGAAUUCACUCUUUGGUCGAAUAUCGCCCAAGGGUGAUGAAUCCAAUGUACUAAUAGAAUGUGUAGCAAAAAUGAGAGAGUCAUUAGACAAAGCCAAGAAAUGCUAUGCAGAAGAAGUUGAGGAUGUGCUGGAUGUAGAGAUGUUGCUGAUUGAUGGUUGUUUCAUACUCGAACUUCUCUACAGGUUUCUCCAUGAGGAGAAGAACAAACGCAACGAUGCUAUUUUCAACAACAUUUUGAUGCCCACCUAUGUACGACAUGACUUGCUACUACUCGAAAACCAGCUUCCUUUCUUUGUACUUAACGAGUUGUUCAACCUCACCGUGGCUCAUAUACCAGGUACAUUUCCAAUUGUUGAAUAUGUGUUUUCCUAUUUUAGAGGUCUGUGGAAUUCAGAAAAGAAUGGAACACCACAACCACAAGAGAACAGCCAAUAUGAUCAUAUCCUCCAUAUUCUACACAACCACUACCGUGAUCAUGAUGCAGUAUCGAUUCCGAGACACGGUGAUCCUAGCUUGGUGAUCAUGCCUUGUGCAUCAGACCUUGAAUAUGCGGGAGUCAAGUUUAAAGACAGUAAGAAGAUCAAGUUUCAUAAACCUCGAGGUCCUUUCCAUAGAGCUCAUUUUGAACUCCCAACUUUGAACCUUGACGACUCCACUGAAUCAUUCUUGAGAAACCUCAUUGCUUUUGAGCAAUGUUGCCAUGGAGUUCCUUGCUACUUCACAGGGUAUGCGUUCCUAAUGGACACACUCAUAAACAAUACGACAGAUGUCCAAGUGCUUGAAAAGGCCAAAAUCAUACAUAACUAUUUAGGCGCCAGCGAAGAUGCCUCCAAUCUCUUCAACAAUCUCUGCAAGGAAAUUGUUCUUGGGGAGAUCUAUUUCACUGACACAACCACAGCUGCUGCUGAAUACAGCAAGCGUUGUUGGCAUGAUGCUAUGGCACAUCUCAGACGUAGAUACUUCUCUACUCCAUGGACAUUCUUAGCUUUCUGCGCUGGCUUUAUCACUUUCGGCAUAUCCAUUAUUAAAUUCGUCCGAGCUAAUUUUCGUUGAUAUGAAGAAUUUAUCAAUAAUGCUAGCAUGACUAUAACAUGGUCAUCUGUCGUUGAUAAUUUUUAUUGUUUUGCAAUGUAGAUCAACUUAAAUCAAUAAGUUACCCCUUGCUAGCUUCAACAACAAUUGUACUAGCUAGAAUGUCAGGGGCAUAUCAUAUGUUUUUAGAAUCAAUAAGUCUGGGAAUCCAGAUUUUGGGCCCAGAUUUAUGCCAUGAAUUGAAGUGUGUGGUGGAGAUUGUAGUUCUUGUAUAAAAAUUAUGUUAGUAAAUCAUUUACUUUUC